CAACCAUGGACGUCGAAGAUGAGAAAAAGACCCCGAUCGAGGUGAAUGACAGCAACUCACCCCCACGGAAGAGCAGCCUGAGCCACGAUGAAGGCGCCACUCUCGAGGUGUUGGGCUACAAGCAGGAACUGCAGCGCAAUCGUUCCAUGUUCACUCUCUUAUUCCAGAGCUUGGCCAUCGCUGCAAUCCCCUACGGAGAAGGCUCUCCUCUCAUAUCGGCAAUCUAUGGUGGUGGACAAUUAUCCAUUUUCGUGGGCUGGCUGGUGGUCCUCGUUCUGGAUCAAUGUGUCGCUGUUUCACUGGCAGAGCUGGCUUCGAGGUGGCCGACUUCAGGAGGACCGCAGUACUGGGCUUUCCAAGUAGCUCCUCGGUACAAGACGGUGUUCGCAUACGUCACGGGAUGGGUAUGGCUGAUUGGAAACUGGACAAUCACACUGUCAGUCAACUUCGGAUUCGCAUCCCUCGUUUCGGGAACCAUCGCCAUGUAUCAUCCGGACUUUGUCCUGAACGACUGGCAACUCCUCCUGGUGUUUUAUGCCAUCACGCUGUCGACAUUCGUCAUUUGCGCCUUCUUCAACCGCUAUCUGCCCAUGGUCGACACCAUUUGUGCUGGAUUCACUGCCGUCUCCAUCCUGGUCAUCCUGAUUGCACUCUCGGUGAAGGCUGAUGCCGGUCGAAACUCUGCAGCGGUAGCAUUGGGCAACUACGAUACAUCCUUCAGUGGCUGGGGAGGUUUCACCUUCUUCAUCGGUCUGCUACCCGCCGCCUAUACUUUCAGCGCCAUCGGCAUGAUCUCGUCCAUGGCCGAGGAGUGUGCGGAUCCCACAGUCAAAGUCCCCAAAGCCAUCAGCUUGUGCAUUCCUGUUGGUGGUUUCUGGGGUCUCCUCUUCAUUCUGCCCAUCUGUUUUACGAUGCCCGCAUUGGAAGACAUCAUCGAAUCCCCAGCUGGACAAGCAUUACCCUACAUUUUCCACCGAGUGAUGGGCAGCCCCGGCGGCGGUCUGGCUCUCAUAUUCUUGGUCAUGGUCAUUACAGUCUUCUGCUCCAUCAGCAUCACCGUCGCGGCCUCUCGCACGACCUGGGCAUUUGCACGAGAUGAUGCCAUUCCAGGAGCAAAAAUAUGGGCCAAAGUUCAUCCUGGCCUCGGUGUGCCUGUCUGGUCACUCGUUCUCGUCACCAUCGUGCAAAUGCUGCUCGGCCUGAUCAAUCUGGGAAGUACCUCGGCGUUCACGGCAUUUGUGUCCGUUGGCGUCCAGGCUCUGGCCUUGAGCUACGCUAUACCGAUCGCAAUCAGCCUCUGGGAAGGGCGCAGGGAGGUUGACAAAGCACGUUGGCGUAUGCCCCAUGUGGUUGGACUAGCAUGCAACACGCUUGCUCUGGUCUGGAUCGCUUUCGAGCUUGUGCUAUUCAGUAUGCCUACAGCAUUACCUGUCACAGCAGCAAGUAUGAACUACGCAAGUGUGGUCUUGGUCAGCUUUGGUGUCUUUGCUGCUUUGUGGUACGCGGUCCACUCGAGGAACAGCUACACUGGCCCACCUGCUAGCGAGGGUCUUUGAGAGUAGAUCAAUGAGGUUCGUUCAGUUUCAACUUCUCGGAUAGUGAAGAUGGCUGGCACAUUGUCAUAGAGCAUGAUGUAUGCAAGCACGGC